UUCUGUAUAUUCUCCCUUCACAAUCUCUCCCUCAUACACACACGCGCGCACGCAGCCAUCACAUGGCUUCAGAUCAUGAGCACCACCACCCAAAUCCGACCAGAACCCACCUCAUCCCGGCUCUCCGGGGCCAAACACGCCUCUGGAUCCCCCUCCGUCGUCGUAAACUACCGACAGUCCGCCUCGGAGGGAAGAAGCCCCGGAGGGCGCUUACCCUAGUGAGAAUUUUUAGGAGGAUAAAACUGAGGUGGCUUAAGUUGCAUUACAUGUCCACGCUGAGGAAGCUGAAGGAGUACUAUCGGAAUCUGGUUAAAGAUCUUGUGGACGCCGGCGCAACGCUCGAGACCUUCCACCAAAGGGUUCUCAUGGAGGCCUCUCUAACUGUUCCAGUCAUGGGCGUCUCUUUCAAUAACUAUCCUUCCGUUCCCCGAUCAGAUCGCCCUCGAAGUCGAACCCUCAUCAUGUAGAACUCUCUCUCUCUUCUUUUCUUCAUAAGGUUUCAUCUUCAUCCGUUUCUUGCUCUACCAUGCAUGCACCUUGGUUGUUUUAUUUUCUCUUUUCCUUUUCUCCCUUUAUUAAAUCAUUUGAAUGAAUCUGUAAGAAAGUGAAAUGAACAUGUAUAAUAUCUUUCUUGGCAAUUAUAUAUAUAUAUUUUCCCA